AUGAAUUAUAAUGUUAUUAAAGCAUUAGAUCAAGAAGAGACAGGUGACCUUAUCAAAUACUUCAAUUAUACAGAUGGAAUACUUGAAGCUAAUUCAGGUGUUCAUGAUAAUAAAUGUUUAUCAAUAGAUUCAUCUGAUCCACCAUGUCCUGUACAAAAAGGAAUGUAUACUAAAGUAAAAUUGACAGAUGAAUCAAUUCAAAUUACAAAUAUAGAUAAAUCAUCUAUUACUGCAUUAAUAUUUCAGGAUUUCAAACAGGAAGAUUAA